UCAGACGUGCGUGGAAGGCGCUGCGGUUCGGACGUGUUUCUCGGUGGCGGCCAUAGCUAAAGCUAUAUAAGUUAUAUUGCAGUGCAAGUGACAGUGACAGUGACGGUGACGGUGAUUCUAGUGUCCUGCCGCACACCAAGGAUAAGCUUUGUCAAAGCCAGACGAUUGAACCAGAAACAACUAAAUAAUUGACUUACAAUUAAAUUAAAUAAAGCCUAUUCUAAAUGCCAAUUGUCGCGCGUUUAUAAUCCAAUUAACGAAAAUGGGUCUCGAAUUCUUUUUUAAAUUUGGCUAUGCCUUCCUCACCAUAACACUCAUCAUUAUGAUCUGGAUGUCUCUGGCACGUGCCUCGAUGUUCAGUCGUGAAAUGGAGGAGACACACUACCCGCCUUGCACUUACAAUGUGAUGUGCACUUGUUCCAAAUCGUCAACAGAUCUGGGUAUAGUGCAUUGCAAAAAUGUUCCAUUUCCCGCACUGCCACGCAUGGUAAAUCAAUCUAAGGUUUUCAUGUUGCACAUGGAGAAUACGGGUCUACGCGAAAUUGAGCCCUACUUCUUGCAGUCGACUGGGAUGUACCGAUUGAAAAUCUCUGGUAAUCACCUUACCGAAAUUCCCGACGAUGCCUUCACUGGUUUGGAGCGUUCGUUAUGGGAGCUGAUACUGCCGCAAAAUGAUCUGGUAGAGAUACCAUCGAAAUCGAUACGACACUUGCAGAAGCUACGCCAUUUGGAUUUGGGCUACAAUCACAUAACGCACAUACAGCACGAUUCGUUCCGCGGCCUUGAGGAUUCCCUGCAGACAUUGAUACUCCGGGAUAACUGCAUCUCAAUGUUACAGUCGCACAGUUUCAGUGGAUUGCUUAUACUGGAGACGCUUGAUUUGAGUGGCAAUAAUCUGUUUGAAAUCGAUCAAAAUGUCUUCAUCGAUGGCAUGCCGAGGCUGACACGUCUUUUGCUCACCGAUAAUAUACUUUCGGAGAUACCCUACGAUGCGUUGGGUCCAUUGAAAAGUCUGCGAACUCUAGACAUUUCCCAUAAUGUGAUUUGGUCAUUGAGUGGCAACGAAACCUAUGACAUUAAGGCCAAUACAAAACUGAAUCUUGAUAAUUUGCAUUUGGAGUAUAAUCAUAUUGAGAUAUUGCCACCGAAUUCAUUCAAAUACUUUGACACGGUCAAUCGCACUUUCUUCGAUGGAAAUCCCAUACAUACGCUCAGGGAAGAUGCCUUCAAACCGGCUCGCAUACGUGAGAUUUACAUGAGAUAUUGUGGUCUUACCAAUAUUUCGCCUGUGGCAUUUGAUAGUCUGGUGAAUAGUCUGCAGAUUCUGGAUCUCUCUGGCAAUAAUCUAACGAAGCUGCAUCACAAGCUCUUCAACAAUUUCGAUGUCUUGAGGGUCAUCAGCAUGCGUGACAACAAGAUCAAAAUUCAGAAACCAACUGAAACCUUCAAUGCCGUACAUUAUACUCUACUGAAACUGGACUUGAGCGGUGAUCGCAAUGAUCCUACCAAUCUACAGACGCUUCGCAAUAUGACCAGAAUGCGGAAUAUGCGCUCGCUAUCGAUUUCCCGCAUGGGUUCAACAUCAAUCGGACCGGAGGACUUUAAGGACUUUGGUGUGGAACUGGAGGACUUGCAGAUCACACGAGCCAGUCUAUCGGGCAUACAGUCGCAUGCCUUUAAGCAUGUGCGUGGAUUGAAACGUUUGGAUUUCAGUGAGAAUGGCAUUUCAAGUAUAGAAAAUGAUGCCUUUCAUGAGAUUGGCCACUCUCUGAUCUCGUUGAAAAUGUCACAUGGUUAUUCGGGCAGUGCUCUGCCAUCUGAGCCCUUGCGUCAUCUCACUUCACUGCAGGAGCUCGAUUUUAGUAAUAAUCACAUUAGCAGUAUGAGCGACACUAGUUUCCAUUUUCUUAAGAAUCUGCGGCUUCUGGAGCUUCAUGACAAUCGCAUUGAGCAGGUGCUGAAGGGUACUUUCCAGGGCGAUAUUCAUUCCAAGUUAGAGGAGAUUUCGUUGCGGUUCAAUCAUCUUACAUCCAUAUCGCAGCAUACGUUCUUUGAUCUGGAGGCAUUGCGAAAACUUCAACUGGAUGACAACAAAAUCGAUAAGGUGGAGCGACGUGCAUUUAUGAAUCUAGAUGAAAUGGAAUAUCUGAGCUUGCGUGGCAAUAAACUCAACAAUCUGGCAGAUGAGUCCUUCCAGAAUCUACCUAAAUUGGAGAUCCUGGAUAUGGCCUUCAAUCAGUUGCCCAAUUUCAAUUUUGAUUACUUUGAUCAAGUGGGAACUCUAUCCAAUUUGAAUGUAAAUGUUAGUCACAAUCAGAUCCGUCAAUUGAUGUAUAACUCCUCUUGGAGUGGCCGUAACGAACAUGGAGGCAUGUACCAUUCGAAUAUAAAAAUUCUGGAUCUAUCCCAUAAUAAUAUUUCCAUAAUACAUCCGGGUUACUUCCGGCCAGCGGAAAUAUCAUUGACACAUCUGCAUUUGGGCUACAACUCGCUAAUGAACACCACUCGGGAUGUCUUUGGGAAUAUGCCUCACUUGCAAUGGCUGGAUCUUAGCCAUAAUUGGAUACAUGAAUUGGAUUUUGAUGCCUUCAAGAAUACCAAGCAGCUGCAACUGGUCUUCUUUGGCCAUAAUUAUCUAAGUGACAUACCGCAGGAUAUAUUCAAGCCUGUGCAGGGACUGCGCAUUGUUGACUUUUCAUACAAUCAUCUCAGAGGUCUACCAGAUAAUCUCUUCUACAAUGGCGGCAUGGAGAAAUUGGAUGUCUCGCACAACAUGCUCCUGAAGAUACCCUCAUCAUCGUUGUCCAGUUUGGCCGCCCUAACACUCUGUGAGCUGCAUUUAUCCAACAAUUUCAUUUCCACCAUACACAGUAUGGAUCUGUCAAAUAAGUUUAGGUCACUUCGUUAUUUGGACAUUUCGUACAAUUAUUUAUUGCGAAUUGACGAUGCAGUCUUUGCCACUAUGCCCAGGCUAGCCGUUCUGGAUCUCUCACAUAAUCGAGAUCUUAAGGUUAUGGAUAAAUCGUUUAUGGGUUUGGAGACUUCAUUGAUUAAACUGGGCCUCGAGAAUGUCUCGCUGAGCACUGUGCCCGAAAUACGUCUGAAGUAUCUGCGCGAAUUCCGUUUGGGUUACAAUGAGUUGCCCUCGAUACCACAGGAAUUGGCCCACAAUAUGAGUAAUUUACGCAUGCUGGAUCUCUCCAACAAUGAUCUGACUAAUGUACCACUGAUGACCCAGGCACUACCCCAUCUACGGCGACUUAUGUUAUCGGGCAAUCCAAUUACCUCACUGAACAACAAUAGUUUCGAUGGCGUCAACGAAGAUUUGGAAAUGUUGGACAUUUCUAAUUUCCGUUUACACUAUUUUGAAUAUGGUUGCUUGGACUCUUUGCCCCAUUUGCGAUCUCUGAAAUUGACAGCCUAUUCGCAUUUGGAACACUUUAAUAUUCCACAUCUGUUGCGCCAUCAUCAUAAUAUACGUCAACUAUGGAUUGAGGCACCGCAACCGUUUACACGUAUUGUCAAAAAAGGAUCGGGGCCGACACAGGAAAUGCAAACCCUACAGCUGGGCAUGCCAACAGAUUUGCAACGUGAAAUGGAAGGACAUUUGCCAUCCAAAUUGACCAAUAUAACGUUUAGUGGACCUCAAUUUAGUAAUCUCAAUGAGCGCAUUUUAAGGGGAAUGCGUUCGCCCUAUCUCUAUAUGCAAUUAUUCAAUACCUCAUUGCAAGCCUUGCCACCGAACUUCUUCAAGUAUAUGGGACGUGUUCGUAACAUUUCAUUGGACAUACGCUAUCACAAUCGUAACCUUAAGAAAAUACCAAAUCCGAAUACUGGAGCUGUGCCAUAUCUGCCCAAUAGUGUCUUCCUUACCGAUUUAAAGAUGUCACACACUGAUUUGAAUUGUGACUGUGAUUUGGGAUGGGUGGAAUUCUGGCAGCGUAAACGUCGCCAAUACAUUUGCUCUUCACAAACCUGGACGGACACUGUGUUCCGUACUUUUAUGAAUUCACCAUGCCAGGUCUAUGGACGUCAUAACUGCGAUGAUCAUGAUGAUGAUUUGCGUGAAACACGGUGUGAUAACAAGGGUGGUCAGCAGUUGAUGGAGGCCCUCAAAUUUGAUUUGGAAUGCGGCUGGGAUAAUGCUAAUUGCCGAGAGACUGCCUUUGUCAUAGUGGCCGUUUGUUUGGCCUUUGUCUUUUGGAUGUGACUUUUGCACUUUGCAUAUAAGACGUCCACCGACUUUUAUGAUAUUUUAGAGCAAGUCUAUGGCAGGCAGGUUAUAUAAGUUGGUUAGUUAGUGCCUUGAACCAACUGCCUAGUGUAUUGAUUGUGCCAUGCCAUGUCUAGAGUUUAAGCGUGAUGAAUGAGACUUUUGUUCCGACACUGUUUAACCUAGCUUUCAAUUCUUUUCUUUCUAUGUAGAGAUUCCCAAAAAAUUAUACCAAAACGAACAACUUUUUAGGUCCUUGGUAACGCCUUAUAUGUAGGAUACCACCUCACCACUCACCAUUAAUUAACCAUACCUCACCCAUUAUUAGUCACUUCCAUCUCCAUCCAUGUAUGUAAUCUAAUCUUUUAUAUACUUAUUUACUUUAGUCUUUCGAUCAAUAACUCUCCACCUAUAAUAUUUCACAUAUAGUUUAAUUCCAAAGAACAAAAAGGAAAUUGCUUAGGUCACACACAAUUCUUCUUAAAAAACAAUUCCAAUUGAAAGUCUGUAAAAUGUUUCAUAAACAUAAUAAAUAUUUAUGGUAGGUUAA